AUGGCAUCGAGGACUCUAGUCGAAACUUGGUACGACACGCACGCCGAGGUAGAAGAGCAUCGUUUGGACGAGGGGAGACUAGAGUUCGAAGUGACAAUGCGAGUCAUUAAGUCCUGCACUACCAGUCUGGAGUUAGGGAGGGCCAAGAUCUUAGAUAUUGGUGGUGGCCCGGGAAGAUAUGCUAUUGCGUUGGCAAAGCAAGGACACAUAGUAACGUUGAACGACUUAGCGGAGAAGAACCUGGAGAUCGCUAGAAGAAAUGCAGAGAACGUGGUGGAAUUCGAUGCCAUCGUCCAUGCGAAUGCUCUUGAAAUCGCGCAACGUGCGCCGCUUCACGCUUCUCAAGGCUCAUUUGACAUAGUUCUUUGCCUCGGCCCUCUGUACCAUCUACUGGCAACUGAAGAACGGGCCACCGUAAUAAGCAACAGCAUUCUGAUGGCAAAGUCUGGUGGUUAUAUUCUCCUAGCUUACGUUACGAUUUAUGCGCACCUGCGAGAUAUGGCGCGUCGCAACCCAACCCGUCUUGCGAAGGAGUGGGACUUUUAUCAGCAGUAUCUACGCAGCGGCAAGUACACCAGGAACAUAAAUACUGAGUCGUUCCAUGUGUAUGCUGCUGAUCUGGACAAGGAGUUGCAAGGCUUUAAGAAUCAAGUGAGUGUUGAGAGGACGGUCAGCUGCGAAGGGUUUCUUGGGUUCGAAGGCGCAAGAGAACUGGCGAAUUUGAAGGAUGAAGAUAUGGAGAGGUGGGUGGAUGUUAUAAUGCAGAGCGCAGAAGAGACGGAGACGUCAAAUUCGGCGGACCACCUACUUGUCGUCUUGCGAAAGCUGUGA